AUGAAUCUCCUCUACUCCACCGUAAACAGCCUGCGCGACAGGUACACCCCGGCGACGCACACGUCGACGUUUCGCAACACGGGCGAAAUCACGCCGGAGGAGUUUCUCGCCGCGGGCGACUACCUAGUCUUCAAGUUCCCGUCGUGGUCGUGGGCCGACGCCGAGACCCCAGGCAAGCGCAUCAGCCAUCUCCCCCCCGGGAAACAAUAUCUGGUCACCCGGCACGUCCCCUGCCAGCGCCGGCUGAACGACGAUUUCGCCGGCGAUGCGGGCCACGAGGAAGCCGUGGUAGAGGGGGGCAAGAACAGCGGCGAUGACGACGACGGCUGGCUGCGCACGGGCGGGUUGACUAGUUCCCAGCCGCUCAAGGUCAGAGAGGUACGGACGGUCGACGAUGCUGGGAAUGUAGGCGAUCGCGAGGUCAUCGAUGAGGAUGACAUCCCAGACAUGGAGGAUGAAGAGGACGACGAGGCUAUCAUCCGGGACCCAGAGGCGGACAAGAACAGUGGUAGGCGGACCUACUCCCUCUAUAUCGUCUACUCUCCAUGGUACAAGACGCCGCGCAUGUACAUGUCGGGCUACCAACCCAGCGGGGCGCCGCUGGCCCCGCAGCUCAUGAUGGAGGACAUCGUGGGCGACUACAAGGACAAGACGGUGACGCUCGAAGACUUCCCGUUCUUCGCCAACCCCGUCAAGAUGGCGAGCAUACACCCCUGCAAGCACGCACCGGUGAUGAAGACGCUCCUGGACCGGGCGGAUGCGGCGCUCAAGCUGCGGCGGGAGCGCCAGAAGGCGGGCCAAGGCGCCGGCAGCAACCAGGGACUCGAAGGGUUGGAGGGGGAGGUUGCCAACCUUGAUGUUGGUGCGGAGUCUGCUGCUGCUGCUGCUGCUGCUGCCCCGGCUGGUGGUGAUCAGGUUGACGAAUGGGAGGAGGUCCAGCAUGAUGUUGCGGAUCAGGAAGUGGCUAUCCGCGUGGACCAGUACCUUGUCGUUUUCCUCAAGUUCAUUGCCAGUGUCACGCCCGGCAUCGAGCAUGAUUUCACCAUGGGCGUUUGA